AUUGAACUACCAAAAGCAACAUCAUGGAGAGCUCGAGCGAAGAUCAGUCCAUUGACGAGCAUCAAUCCGUCAGUGAGAAUUACUCCCUAAAUGAAUACCAGUCCGUCGAUGACGACUACUCCGUUGGUGAAGACCACUCCGUCGACCAAUAUCAUUCGGCUGAAGAGAACCACCCCGCCAAAGAAACACCACCCGGUGAACCUCAAGUUCAAAGUCACUCCUUCUUCAAAAGUCCAGCAGACAUAUUAUUCGGACCAUUCAAGAACGUCGUCUCUCGGCCGCUCCCUCCACUUCCCACCGACGCUGAACCAAAUCCAACGACAAACGUCGAAGUCCUACUUCAAGAGCUACUAGCGCAAGAGUCUAUAGAAGAUGUUGAGGGCCUCUGCGAAGAGAACCCUACACUCCGGAAAGUCUUCAAAGACAACAUGGUCCAGGUCCUCCGGAAACACAUCGCCCCAGAAGCCUGGGCCGACGCCAUCUGCUGCGUCGACCGCCGCCUGAAACACCCCGGCAAGACGGCCAGAAGGGCCUUUGACGAAGACUAUGCCAACGGCACCGUGGCAGACUGGCCUCCACCCCCGGAAAGUAUCAUGGGAUCUAUCGCUGGCAGUGCCAGACGGACCAUCUCCUAUUACCUUUCGGCAUUUGCAGGCGCUGGCAUUAAAAUGAGUAAGCAACCAUGUACAGAACGCGGACAAUGGGACCUGACCGGCCUCUGCCAGCUCGUCAUGAUCAUCGACAAGCUACUAGACAGGGUCUCGCAGGCUCAAAAGAUAUACGCCUCCUUUGAAGAGUGGGAAGACAGCUGGCAAAACCGCCGCACAAACGACCUCCCCGACGCGAUAUGGGGCGACCAUAUCGAGAUACUCAAACCCAAAUUCCUCGCAAGGUGCAACGACAACGGCACCGAAGACCCCAACAACAUGACCUAUGCCUGGGACCGGCACACGGCCUAUGAACAAGAU